AUGCACCACAUAGUGGCCCACGACAGAGAGAAGGAACGACAGCAUGAUUUGAGGGACAUGAUGCACCGCACACACUCUCGCUCGACGUCAGCAGUGAGUCCAGACGACAGCGACAAGUGUGUGACUACAGAAAAGAAAACAUCCAAGCGAACGCUUCCUCAGGGAGAAACGGUGCGGUAUCUGUUUGUUGACUUCAAGGCAUUCCAUUACUUGAGACAAGAACAGCAGUGCAGCCUGGUGAGCGAGGAGGCAGUGAUUCAUGGCUACGAAUCUUACAUGGUCGAGCAGUGGGUGUGUGAACGACGAAAAGUGACCGUCAUCACAUCAUACACCGGAAACCAGUCCAACACCGUGCGUGUCGGUGUCUUGGCCUUGCCCAGAAACCCCUCGUUAUGGACCCCCCGAACUAAAGCGUAUUUCGACGAGCUUCUCAAGGGCUAUGCUCGAGCUAAGGAGACCGAACUUGGAGUACUGUUUGUGACUUCGUUGUCCUCGUUCCCUUCCUUCUUGACCCUGGUAUCCGUGCCUGGCGGAGACGUACGAAAGACAUGGGAGUAUUUCGAUGUCAAUGAGAAUCUAAAGCGAAUGGGCUGUGGAGGUCGAGCAUCAUUGGCCAUCUGUGAGCCGUCCGGAACUGCUGCGGCCAAGUUCAAGAACAUCUACAAGAUCCAUGACAGUGUGCCCAUUACUUUUGCUGCCAAGGAAUUGGUGGUUCUUGUGCAGCUAUCUCUCUUCUAUUUUGGAGUACUACAACCCGAGUAUUGCGAUGGCCUUCUCUGUAACGAAACAGUUGACGCCAUCAACACGUGGUGGGAUAUGUGGGGAGUGCGAAAGUACAACACCAAGCCCAAAGAUGGUGUUUUGGGACCCACAACCGUUGCUGGUUUGAUUGGGUUUGUGAUUGGAGUCCGAAACCGAAUGGCCUAUGUGCUCAACUCCAAGGUGGCGAAAGAUCCCUUUGAUUGCGAGGGGUUUGUUGCUGGCUUGAGUCGAUUUCAGAAACACGAACGGCUUCCCAAGACCAGAAUCAUCGACCAAAGAACCAUGGAUAGACUCUACUUGCUCACCAACAAGGGCAGUUAUAACUCCGAUAUCAUCGAUCUGUUCAAAUCGUCCAUCAAGGAAGUGUCUGGAAAGCAGCAUCUUCAUAUGACUGCUUCCGAGACGUUCAACCUGGAGCAACUCACCAAGUCGCUCCAGGGAGCUCGAUGCAAAUACCUCUGGGCUGGAAAGGGCCACCAGCGAACUGUUGAUGCCUCUCUUGUAUCCAACUGCGUAGGUAUUCCCAUGUCGUCUGCUGGACAUACCGAAUUGGCAGCUGCUCGAGAUAUCAGACGAGUUAUCCGAAACCCAGCCUCUUCCACAACCACUUCAUUAGUGUCAACCAACAACAAUAUUCCUGGAGGUGCAGACACCUCUCGACGGGCCAUGUUCAAGCUCAGGAAGCCCAGAGAUGUGGUUGAAGUACCUCCUUCCAGACUUUACAGAGGUAUUCGAGGUAGACUUCGAUCAACUUCUCCUAACGACUCGGUCGAUGACGAUAUCGCUAUCCGAGGCCACAGUUCGACUCCUGAGCUUGACCUUCCUCUCGACAACAUGCUCACUGAUCGUCUUCUACCUCAGGAAUACAGAGAUGACAGCAGUGACGAUGAUGACGGUCACCACUUGCGCCCUGGUCGGCAGGAUAGCAUCAAAACGACGAAAACGAACCACUCGGCUACGUCGUUUGACAACAGCAACCCUGCUCUUCAUUUCCGGCGACGAUCCAAGUCUGUGGAUCAGUUCCACCACGAGCUGUCUGUUCCCGAGCAGCUGGAAAAGCACCAUCGAUCAGUUAUGCGUCGAAAUUCCUUCAGUCUGAUUGAGAACUUCAUUCUCCGCCAGCCCCCGGAGAAAUCCUUUGUCAGUGAAAAGCGUAUCCGGCGAUCGUACGAAAAGUCGCAACUGUACCAUUUCCUCUUCAAGCGUCAUGUGAAGAAAAUGCGGGAUGUCUGUGAGCAGAUUGACCAGGAAAGUCGAAUGCUGGGCAAGGCCAAGAUGCGAGAUGACGUGCUGUUCGACAAGCUGACAUCGUAUCUCAAAAACUCAUACAGAGAAGAGGCUCGCCUCAAGGCAGCUCUACACGAGGUCGAAGUCAUGAGCUCUCGAAUCAGAUACGAGUCCAAGAUGCUGCAGUCCAAAAUCCAGGACGUGGAAGAGACCAUGGAAAGUUUUGUUGGUAAGGUCCAGUCGCUGGAGGAACGAGUCCAGAAGGCCUCGGCUGCUCGAGGUUACGGCUCUGGAGGGUUCAAUGUGAAGAAGUGCGAGUUGGAAGAGAACCACCAUGAAGGACACAAGGCCAGUCCCCUCGAGACUCACCGACCUCCCCCCCUCAAGAUCCCCACCAUGAAGGUGGCAUGCACAGAAGUUGGUAAGGGGGGGCUUGCCAAUGCCGGUAGUGGUGCGAGCACUCCCAUCCAGAGUCCUCUGGGAGAUAUCUUUGAAGAUGGACCUACCCCCAGCAGUCUUUCUGCUGUUCUCUGGCCCGAUAGCAAGCCUGGAGAGGAGGGUUUGGUUCAGAGACUGUUCAACAAGCUGUGCGAGUUGGCUGGAUACGAGACCAAGAGUGCGUUCGACGCCAAUGCCGCUGGAGAGCGAGUUUACGCCGAGUAA